AGUUGUACCCUCAGGUUGUACCAUAAGCAAGCAAGCAUGAAAGGAAAAGAAAUAUUUGAGUUACAUCUUUAUAAGAAAGUCAAUUGAAAGUUUAUAAAUAAUUUAACACGUGUAUUUGUGGGUCAAAUUCAAAUUCAAAUUCAAAAAUAUCUUUAUUCAGUAGGUAACAUAGUUACACUUUGAAUCGUCAAUUUUACAUAACGAACGUCUCAUCCGCCUAAAACUACUGCAGCUUCUCACAACCUGUAUAGCCGGGGAAAAGAAGCUGCAAGAAAAACCUGGUAUCAUGAAUACUAUAACAAAAGGAAAAAUACCGAAGAGAAAAAUACAGAUUGUAGAAUUUGGUGCGGAAAAUAUAGACAAUACAGCACCUGUGAAGAAGAUUUUGGAAGAUUUGCAUCAUGCAAACAGUCAGGCUUUUUCCUUUUACUGCCAAACUAUGAGGCCAAGGCGAGCCAGUAAAACCCAGCAUUACAAUUUCCAUUUCGUUCUCACGGGGCACCCCGUAUAUGGUUUUACUGAUGAUUGGGAAGGGGGCCUUAAUUCAGGAUAUUUUGAGCCUUUUCCUUACAAAAGUAUGAUGCCCAAAAUGAUAACCUCCCUAAGCAAUAUGAAUAAAAGUGAUCCUCUAACAGAUUAUAUGAAAGUAAAAAAUGACUGGAUUUGCGACUGUAAGAAUCUACGUCAAAUUAUUGUUUCCAAUUCUAUGCUGGAUAAGUUUGAGAGUUUUAAUGAAGAUGUGGUGAGAUGUCCAAAGCAGUUUAUAGACAUCGCAGCUCACCUGGAAAGUGAUCCUGACCCAUAUUUUGAUGAUUCAUACAAUUGGUACUAUGCUGGAAAUGGGAAUAUGCAGCUAAUAUGCAUCAACUGGAUUCAUUACAUAUUGCGCAGUGUAUUCAACAAGUUGUAUUUAUUAUUUUUCAACAAAGAAGAGUUCAGUUUACAUCCUGAACAUGUAGCAAUAUUCAAUUGUGAUGAAGAUGAAAAUAUUUUUGAAACCAUUUGUUCUUCCCACAACAUAGUAGCAUUGAGAACAAAAAAUAAAGUAUACAUUUUGAAAAUUGUUCCUUUAAAGGAUGAAAUAGUAUUUGAAAAGAUUAAGGCAGUUGAAUCUGAACUGCCAUUUACAAGUAUAUCCUUUGACAAUCAUCACAAAAAUAUACUGUACAUCACAACUUUGGAUAAUAAAGUGACAAUAGUUAAUUUAGAUAGACUGACAGGAAGAACUGUGAAAUUAAAAUCUAAGAUAGAUACCAUUAUCAAUAAUUGGAACAUGGUUAUUAGUUCAGACCGUUUAACAUACACUCACGUCUCUAAAAAUUCUAUUAAUGUUUAUGAUAAACGAACAAAUCAUGUAGGCCUGUCAUGGAAUGGAGUAAGAGAUACAACUGAUCAUCUUAACUGUAAUGAUAUAACUGUAGCCAAACAAUGUCAGGGUAGUAUGUCACUAUACUAUGGUACAGAUCACCACCUUUUUUUAAUGGACUUGCGUCAUGAACAUAAGGUGACACCUAAACCAGUAAUGCGGUGGACACAUGGUAUGCAAUGUAUGCCUACAUACAUAUCAAUGUGCAACUUUGAAUUCAACAAAGAGAUCAUUUGUUUGAGCAGUCAGUGGUGUGAAGAUGUAUGUGUAGUUCCAACCUACAUUAACAGUGUUAUGAAAGGGCCAGAGAUUCCUGGUGUAACCACCCCUUAUAGACCUCCAAGCAUUUUAAACACUCUCAACGAAGCAAGGGAAAAGUUACUUUGUUUUGAUCUAUACAGUCCAGUAGAUGACAGGUUGACCACAUCAAUAACUGGACAAAUUAUUAUUGAACAUGGUGAGAAUUAUGCCAUAUUAAUGCAUAAUUCUCUUGGAGAUAUAUCAUGUACCAUGAUGUACCCUGAACACAUGGAAUCAUUUGUAGAAGAUGAUAGUUUUCAAAAUUUACAUGAAUGGAGCAAAUCCUUCCAGCUGGAAAAGAGAGAAUUAGAAAUAUCAUCACUUAAAGACAUAUCUAAUGUAUGGAAAAACUUGAAAAGAGUGCCAGACAGUUACAAGUUUGGUGAAAUCAGAAAAAUAAAAGACAAAUCCAAAAUUGAGGAAAAGGAAAUUUUUUAUACUUUUGAAAAAGAAGAAUUGGACAGUGGACUUCUGGAUGUAUGGAUACAAAAUAAUAACGAGACAACAGUUAAAGACUCAUCACUUGCAAUACAUUUACAUUACUCUGAUGAUUCUAAUAUGAGUGAAUAAAUAAAACACCAAAAAAUAUUGAUAAACAACUAUAUUUCCUAUCUAUAUGACUGAAUUCAUACAUUCUCACAAACAUGCCAUCUACAAAUAUGCUCAAACGUUUGUACAUUAAAUUAUUUCAUAAAACAUAACAA